AUGUUGCCGCACAAACUCACCAUCUUGUUGCUCGGGUUCUUUGCCCACCUGGUGUCUUCUGCCAUCUACCGCCCGGACUACAAGUCGUACAAGAAUGACAUCUGGCUGAGUUACAGUGACUACAACAAGGCCCGCGAGGUCAGGGAGGCGUCCAGAUACGCCUGGCACCACUAUAUCGACUAUGCACACCCAAACGGAACAGUUCCUCUCGCGAAUGGGUCGUUUGUAGAAGAUCCAUAUGGUUGGAGAGCUCCGCUGGUAUUCGGCCUGAGCACAGCCGUUAUUAUGCGCGAAGUUGUGACGGUCAACCGCAUGACAGAACUAGUGAAGCUCAUCAACUUCCACGAUACACAUGAGUGGGAAAAACCAGUUCCUCUCUCCUAUGCCGCCAACUACCUUGGAGCUAUGCUCUCCAAUUACGACCUUCUCUCUGGCCAGUUCAAUUACCUCAUGUAUAAGAAAGGCGUUCUACAUACUUAUCUCGACCAAGCUGAGACGCUCGCCCGUACCCUCAGUGUUGCCUUCGAUACGCCCUCGGGAUUUCCUGUUCCCGUCGUUAAAUUCUACCCCCAACACGAGAAGGUCCCCGCGCAGAACACUACCCUCGCCGAACUUGGCUCGAUAAUGCUGGAGUGGGUGCGCCUCGGCGACGUAUCGGGCGUCAAAGACUACAGCAAGAAGAUUGAGCAGAUUGGAAUUCGACUCCAUCACCCAAUGCCCAGAUCGUCUCAACCGUUUUCAGGACUGUUCGCAAAUCGCGUCAACCUCACCGACGGCUGGUUUCUUGGCGAAGAUGGCGGGUGGAACGACGAGGGCCGCCUCUACUACGAAGCUCUCAUCAAGCUGUGGACAUACGAUCCCAUUCGGUUCCAUCUUUACAAGGGCUGGUGGAUAAAAGCAGCGGACUCGGUCAUCGAGAAUCUCCAGAGCUUUCCUGACGUUCAUCAGGAGUUGCACUUUCUGUCAGAUUUCUCGGGCAACUUGACCAUUUCCAACUCUAGUCGCCCCGCCUGCGCUACCGGUCUAAACUUCAUUGUCGGAGGCAUGGCCGUGGAGGAGGAGAAAUAUGUCAAAUUUGGACUCGACAUCGCAGAAACCUGCUGGCAGAUCUACAGGGACGUUAAUGUAUGGCCCGAAGGCCCGAGACAGGUCUCGGCCGUCGAAUUAUCCGACCUGGUGUAUAACGCCUUCCGGGCCACCGACGAUACCAAGUGGCAGGCACGCGCGUGGGAGCUGUUCAAGCACCUAAACACCCUUCACGGCGCCCAAGGAGCCACUCGGUACGCAGUGUUCGAUCCCGAGUGGGACUACUCGGACAGGAGGGAGUUCACACAGGACGACCCUGUAACCCGGGAAGCCGUCUGGAUGGGCCGCAUUCUCAGGAACUUUUGGCUCAUGUGGGGAGGUCCAGACGACCAAGUCCAGGUACGACGCGAGCAUCAGAAAUCCCAUGGCAAGUUCGGCAACCGAUACAUAUACACGUCAGGAGGCCAUCCGAUCCAAGUUUACAAGUGGACGGGCCUCGACAAUUUCGGAAACCCGUGCGACUCUUACUUAAAGAAGAUGGACCCUUUCGUAAAGUUGCUGGACUCCUCAGUUGAGAAAGACAAUUACGGAGCACACACAGAAUGGAAGUACGCAAAGAAGUACAAGUGGAGUUGGAGACCCGAGUCGUGGGAGGAGUUAUUCAAAGGGCCUCCGGCUAAGACUGAAAGGCUCGAGUAA